CGGACUAGGAAAGAGGAAAAGAAGAAAGAAAAAGCAGGGAUGUUAACCAUGGGCUUUGUGCAGUUCACUGGUUCAGUGGGAGAGUACUCGCCUGCCGGUCAAGGGAUGGAUCGUUGUACGAAAGGUUGGCCGCAAGAGAUCCGAGCAAAGCACAUGUCCUGUCACAAUAUAACAACAGAGGAAGCCUUGGAGCGUGACCGGUCUUACGACGCGCACAAGGCCAAGUGCAUGGCCGCCGUGCUGCCCUCUGUGGAGGCGUCGAAGCGUGAGAAGGAAGCCUGCCGCAUCGUCGUCGAAGCCACCAAUAUGAGCAGCGCCGCGUUCUGGACCGUGACCCAGGUCCGAAGGUGCAUAGCGGACAGCGUGAUGUUUCCAGACGCUGAUGAGGAGCAGCUUGACCUGGAGUCCAAGCGUGCGCUAUGCCUCCGCGAGGCACUCCCAGACACGCCGGAGGCCGACAGGGACGACGCAUUUCGCCGUGCGGCCAAGGAGGCCAACGCCCUCACGAAACGCCACACUGACCUCAGGCAGAAGUUGGAAACCUGCAUGCACGAAUACCUGCUGCACAUAGAGGAACAACGCGAGUACCGUCAACUCUUGCCCGAAUGCCAGAGAAAGCUGCUCCCCGGACUCGACCCCAAGGACCUACAGGAGACACUCGACUUGGCUCUCGAAAAUGGGAAUCUCAGCCUUUACGUUCAAAUACAUACAUGUGUCUACCUCGAGACGACUAAAGGACAGUGGGAGCUGCAGAACUUCCAUGUAGUUCAGGCGUGCGCCCAGCAGGUGUACGAUAACACCACCAACGAAGCCAUGAGGUCCCAGCUGCUGGCCGAAUACGAGAAGUACAUGGACAACGCAACCAUUGAAAAGAUCCUCGCAUGCCACGCCAGACGUCUCUACCCGGAGGUGAAGAAGGACAACGAGAGCGGCGAAAUGGUCGUGCAGUGCCGUUCCCCUGCGCUGCCCGGCCACGGAACCAAGAAGUUCCAGGACACCGAAGCCCUGCGCAUGCGCAACAUGGUGGCCCGACAGGUGGGAGAGUGCAUUCGAAGGCGCUCCACGGUGACAGAGGUGACCCGUCGUUACGAAGAACGACUCAGGACCGUGUACGCCCGCUCUAACAGCGCCGCCGAAUGCGCCAGCAAACUGUUCCGUCAGUCCGGCAUCAAGAACACCCGCUAACAACCGCACUUCAAGGCUUUGAUGUAUGUGAACAAGCCAUUGUGUGCAUUGUGAGUCAUCAUUACUAAUAAAAAAACAUUUCACCUCUU